CGCUGUGCGUGUGACCCCGUGCUGUCAAGAAGCAGGAAGUGGACGAUGGAAAGUAACAUAAUGUGAGCGGCAUCUCUUUUCACUGAGUUAUUUACGUACUUUUCCGCUUUAUUUACUUAAUAACAAGUGAACGAGUUGUUUUCAUUGUCUGGAAGGCACACGGCAUGGUAACCAAACUGUCACUGGAGGAAAGGAAACCCAGAGACAAGUUACACUAAUGCUCAUGAUUAGUCCCAAAAUGGCCUCAGGAGUACAAGAGAAACAGUACACGCCUUCUCUUCUCAGUUUUUUCAUUUAUAACCCUACGUUCGGACCACGGGAAGGAGAGGAAGAGAAAAAGAUUUUGUUUUACCACCCGAGUGAGGUUGAGAAGAAUGAGAAGAUCAGAAAUGUGGGCCUUUGUGAAGCCAUUGUUCAGUUCACCAGGACUUUCUGUCCAACAAAACCAGCAAAAUCCCUGCACACGCAGAAGAAUCGGCAGUUUUUCUUUGAACCAGAGGAAAAUUUCUGGAUAGUUAUGGUGGUUCGAAAUCCAAUGAUUGAGAAGCCAAAGAAAGAUGGCAAACCUCCUACGAUGGAGUAUCAAGAAGAAGAAAUACUUGAUACGGUUUAUGGCGCAGUGGUACGGCAGUGCUACAGUAUGUACAAGCUAUUUAAUGGAACGUUUGGUAGAGCGAUGGAGGCAGGUGGAGUGGAGCUGCUCAUCCAGAAGCUUGAGAAGUUCUUCUACAGGUAUCUGCAGACGCUUCAUUUGCAGUCCUGUGACCUGCUGGAUGUAUUUGGAGGCAUCAGCUUCUUCCCGUUGGACAAGAUGACCUACCUGAAGAUUCAGUCUUUUGUCAACAGAGUGGAGGAGAGCCUCAGCCUGAUCAAAUACACAGCUUUCCUCUAUAAUGACCAGCUUAUCUGGAGUGGGCUGGAACAGGAUGACAUGAGGAUCCUCUACAAAUAUCUCACCACAUCGCUGUUUCCCAGGCACUCGGAGCCCGAGUUGGCUGGCAGGGACUCUCCUCUAAGGCCUGAAGUCACGGGAAAUCUGUUGCAUUAUGGGAGGUUUUUGACUGGACCUUCUAACCUUAAAGAUCCAGAGGCUAAAUUCCGAUUUCCAAAAAUAUUUGUCAGUGCAGAAGAUGGCUACGAAGAGCUGCACCUGAUUGUAUAUAAGGCGAUGAGCGCUGCAGCCUGUUUUAUGAUCAGUGCCACUGUAGAUCUGACGAGGGAGUUCUGUGAGCAGCUGGACAGCUUGGUGGGCCCCCAGCUUACUUUGCUGGCGUCAGAUAUAUGUGAACAAUUCACAAUUAACCGCAGGAUAUCUGGGCCGGAGAAGGAGCCCCAGUUUAAGUUCAUCUACUUCAACCACAUGAAUCUGGCGGAGAAGAGCACGAUUCACAUGAGAAAAACCGCCAGUGUGUGCCUAACCUCGGUCCACCCUGACCUCAUGAAAAUUCUGGGUGACAUCAACUGUGACUUUGCACGGGUUGAUGAAGAUGAGGAAAUCAUCGUAAAAGCUAUGACAGACUACUGGGUUGUCGGAAAGAAGUCAGACCAGAGAGAGCUGUAUGUAAUCCUAAAUCAAAAGAAUGCCAAUCUGAUUGAAGUAAAUGAGGAAGUAAAGAGGCUUUGUGCGACACAGUUCAACAACAUUUUCUUCUUAGAUUGAGCAGACAGAUGGAGACCGCCCACACUAAAAACUGUCAGCUUUGCAGGGUUUUAGCGACAGCAUCAGCGUAAUGCAAUAAUUGCAUUGUAAAAUAAACCAUAUCUUUGAAAGGCUUUCUCACCAAGUUUUUUAUUUAACAGACAAACAUUUUUAUUUUAUCUUGUAAAUUACCGGUAAGAAUACAGAUUUGACUUUACAUGUACUUCAUCUCAUUUUCUCUGUUUGUGGGGUUUUAUCUGUUCCUUUUCACUUCCUGCACAUCUACAUUUUGUUUUAUGAGAUCAUGAUGACAUCUCACUUUAAUUUAAAAACUGACUUGUACCGAUGUGUUCAUUCCAGUUUUAUUUGAUGAUCAGUGAUAGCUUUAAGAUGUCAGAACUAUUGUGGGCUUUGUAUACAACUGCACUAACUUGAAAUAAAUGAAGUAAUAUUCCUAA